GAUAGGACAGUGUCUGUAUAAAAUUAUUAAGUAUAAAAUCGCCAGUGAAUCAAACAAGAUGUCCAUGAAGCUUUGUGCACUAAUUCUCCUCACACUAGCUACAAUUUCACUACAGUCGAAUAAUGACAACUUUGUCGUCGUCUCUACUACUACUACCGAACGCACCGAAAACUCUAACAAGCUCGACGAAGUUCAAACCAAAUUAGCAACGCUGGAAACCCAAAUCGCAAAACUCCAGAAAACUCUACAAGACAAAACUAACCCAGAAACCAACACCCUCACUAAACACGUCCCCACAAACUGCAAAGAAAUUCAAAAACAGGGUCACAACACCUCAAACAUUUACUACAUUCAGCCACGAUUUUCCACUGAAGCUUUUCCAGUCGUGUGCGAUAUGAAAACCAGAGGAGGUGGUUGGACCUACAUUUUGAACCGAUUUGACGGCUUCGAGGAUUUUUAUCUAAGGUGGGACAACUACAAGCAAGGCUUUGGUAACCUAGGUGGCGAAUUUUGGCUAGGUUUGGAAAAAAUUCAUCUUCUGACAGGGUACGAAUUCAACGAACUGUUGGUGGAGAUAGUGGACUGGGACAACAAACAAGUGGAUGCUCACUACAACACGUUUACGGUAGGAAACGAAAAAGAAGGUUAUGUUUUGAAAAUUUUAGAGGGGUAUAGUGGUACCGCUAGCGACUCAUUCAAGAACGAAGCCGGUAUGAGGUUUACUACUAGGGAUAAAGAUCAGGAUGUGUGGAAUGAAGGGAAUUGUGCCAGUUUUUCGGAAGCGGCUUGGUGGUACCGAAGCUGUAAAUGGAGCCAUCCUACUGGCAAGUACUUCAAGGAUAGCAAAACAGGGAAGGACUAUCUCAAGGGGAUAUACUGGGUGGGGUAUCGCGGAAACACCUACAGUCACAAGCAAAUAAGGAUGAUGGUGAGACCACGAGAACAGAGCAAAGUGGAGCUAUUUCCAAAAGAAAAAUUUCUUUAGAAAAUUUCCCCUUUUAACGUUUUAACUGUGUUUAAAUUUUUGUGAUGAGUAAUGUAAGAUCACAGAUAAUUGUCGCUAUAAAUAUUUUAUUUUUUAAUAAAAUUGUUUAUUUUAUUCUAAGUACUAAA